AUGCAAAGUGGUGGAGGGCCGUUGCCACCCGGUGCGGUCAUACGUAGCAUGGCAUCGGGGACCCCCACGUCCCAGCAGCAGCAGCAACAGCAGCAGCAGCAGCAACAGCAGGCGGACAUGAAGCUGUCGUCGCAGCAAGCCGCGAUGAUGAAUCAGCAGCAGAAUGCGCUCUACACGCCGCAACCCGUUUUCCGGGGUGCGGGCGGGGGCAAUUCGGCGCGACCCCGGGGUGCAAUGCAGAUAGCGCCCUACCAGCAGAUGCCGAUGACGAUAAACUAUAUGCAGCCGCUGCAGCGACUAGCCGGCCCGUGGAGUAACAUGCCAAUGAUGUACCCACCGUACAUUUACUCGGUCUUGCCGAACCAGCACCAACCGACCGGAGGUCGCCGGCAACCGGGAGGAGACAACAAUAUAGUCAAUAUCUCUCAAGUGCCGCUGCCCCAGCAUCCGCACUCUAAUCAGCAACCGGCACCGAUGCAGGUAACGCACGAGAUGAUGCAACACAUGCAUCCACCGCAAGCCCCGCAGCAGGUUUCCGCUGCCCACGUGGCGCCACUGGAACAUCCGCAGGCCGCAGCAGCGACGCAAGUGGCCGUCGUAUCCUCACAGCCGCACAGCUCGUACGCACCGAUGUCGAACUUGAUUGCUGCGCCUCCACCGCACCUGCAGCCGGGUGGUGGAGCCGGAGUGAACGUCGGGCUCGGUGGUGUUAGUGUCGGUGUCGGUGUUGGUCCUAGUGGGCCGAGCGAACAGGUCAAACAACCGGCCAAGCGUGAAAGGCGCAAGCACGCCCUCUGCAUCAUUGAUCCUAACACGAAGGAGGAUAUUCUGGAGAAUAUGUUUAACGAUUCGGCGUCGUCGUCGAGCGGUGGUGGCACCGGUGGUGGCUCUUCGGGGGCUCCAGCCUCGUCAGCUGGGUCGGUGUCUUCCGCCAGCACACCGGGACCAACCCCAGUGGCACAGUCUGUCACGCCGGCCCCCCAGAUGGUAGACCCGACGGCGGACUACUCGGACUAUCCACCGCCGCCGCCACAGCAGCAACAGCAGCAGCAGCAGCAACCGCCACAACCGGGACAAGAAAUGGGAGUUCCUCCGUCGAUGGUUGGUCCGAUGCCGCCACCACAGCACCUGCAUCACCAACCGCCACCACAGAUGCUGCUGACCGGACACGAUCUGAGCCGUGUUCCGAACCAUCAGCAACAGAUCCCGCCACCACAACAGGCGCCACCACCGGGACCGACCCAUGCGCACGAGAUGUACGUCACCCCGGGACUGAAGAUGAUGAACCACUCUCAUCCUCCUCCCCAUUUGCCGCCGCACCUCGCGGCUGACAUGACGACCGUGUCGGGCACACCGGUCGUGUCCGCUAUGUCCGAUGGACCGUCGGUUGAGAUACCGAACUCGUACACGAAAAAGAAGAAACCGAUUCCCGAUGGAGCGAUGCAUCACUCGCAGCAGCAGCAGCAGCAGCAGCAUAUACACGUGAAGCAGCAACAGCAACAGCAGCAGCAACACCACCAUUAUCAUCAUUCGCAACAACAGCAGCAGCAUCAACAGCACCCACAACAUCCUUCGCAUGCACCGCAUCAGCAGAUGCACCAGCAGCACCAACAGCAACAGCAGCAGCAGCACCACCAUCAUCAGCAACAGCAACAACAACACCAUCACCAGCAGCAACAUCAGCAGCAGCAGCAUCAACGACACCACCAACAGCAACAUCAGCAACACCAGCAUCAGCAGCAACAUUCAUACGCUAUGCAACAAUCGCAAGCCGUAGCAGCAGCCCAAGCGGUAGCCCAAGCACAAGCCCAAGCUCAGGUUCAAGCUCAAGCUCAGGUCCAAGCUCAGGCUCAAGCUCAAGCUCAGGCUCAAGUGGCGGCUGCAGCUGCUGCUGCCGCUGCAAAUGCUUCUGCCGUUCCCCCCAAUCUCGCUUCGGUGAUCGUUGACGGUGAUAUGAUGCCACCAGCUGGACUUCCACCACCACCGCAUGGUUCGACCAUCAUCGUGCAGCAGCAGCAACAACAACAACAGCAGCAGCAGCAGCAGCAACAGCAGCACCAUCAUCAUCUUCAGAAUCAUAUAGUCGCCGGUAACUACAUGACAGAGCCACCCCCAACGGUAGUGGCCGUAGUGCCGAACGACCGGAGAUACCGCACGAUUUCGGAAAAAUCGGUAACCGAAUCGACGCUUUCCACUGAUGCUGAACCGUUCGUGUAUACCGGUGGCAGUACCAUCACCACCUCGGCUGGUGCUUUGCAUCAACCACCACCCGCUGUUCCUUCUAUCACGACCGCCGUACUGGCGAAUAGUAAUACCAGCAACGCCUCGGAACCGAUGGAAAGAGGAGAGAUUGACUGUUUACCAUCCAUCACGCCAGAGCGGCAGGGAAGCAUGGGAGCAAGAGUGGCGGGCACCGCGGAACAUGAUGAUGGGCAGAACGCGAACGUGCCUCAGGAGCAGCAGCAGCUGCUGCUGACAAACGAUAGCAGUAGCAUCGAUAAUACCUCCGACCAUCAAGCGGACGUAGCUGUUGAAGAACUGGCGGAAUGCGUAGCGAAUCUAAAUAUUGUUGAAGUAAACACGACGAUGGCACCACCGCUGCAGGAAGCGGAAGGUGGCGCGUCUCAAAAGCAGACGGCGGGUCAUAUGAGUAAAGAUGGGCCAGCCUAUGUCGCUGGGUCCGGGGUCGGUGGUGCGCCUGAUGAGACGGAUCGGGCGGCCGAAACGAUUACGACUACUGCCACUAGUACGUUUACGGAACCGACGGUAAAGGCGGCUUCCUCCGCCGCUGUACAGCAGGCGAACUUUUUAAAUAAGGAGUCUAGCGCUAAGAAUCAAGUAGAUAAAGAUAAUAUUAAUAAUAAUAAUGUGGGUUACACCGGAAACUUAACCUCGAUCGACGGCGGCGACGGUAAGGGUGUGGCUCCGUCCGCCGAUAGCGUGAAUGUAACCAGCGAGUUGCCGAAGGCAACUGCUGAAACCCGCGAAAAGCAGCGCCAGAAGGAGCAGCCCCAAGGCGAGACUGAUCAAAUCGUCCCUAGCGAAAGGAAGAACUCCUCGACCACCAGCAACGGUGCUGCGGUAGCGGCCACAACCAACGCUGCCAGUAGUAGUUUGGAUGAUAAUCGUAACCUAGUUACCGUGGUUGCCCCAGCGCUAUCCGAUGACGCCGCCACGAAGCUCGCCACCGCUGGCAGCUUAGACGAAGAGACCAAGUCCCAGGCGGUGGCAACGGUGGCGGGUGAUGCGAAAGCCAAACAUCCGCCAGCCGUGAGUAUCGACAGCAGUAGUGGCCCAGUAGCACCGCCGCCGGUCGUGAAGAAGAGCAAAUCGAUCACGCUGAUGUACGAUCACGACCAGUGGAGCCCGGAAAACCCAACGGGCAAGAAGAAGUAUUCGCGCGACCAGCUGCUGUUGCUGAAGAAUGCGGCACCGGCCUUCGAAAAGCCGGCCACUCUGCCGGAAAGUCUCGAGAACCUGCUAUCGCGCAAGAACUCCUUUUCGGGUGGUGGCGGCGGCGGCGUUGGCGGGGGUAACGCGUACAACAGCAAUCAGAAGAAUAACGAGUUCUCUUUGAUGCCGAACUUCGUGAAGAGCGGUGGCGGUGGCGGCGGUGGUGGUGGCAUGGGCGGCCAGCACAACACCGUGCGGCAACCGUACGCGGUGAAGCGAUCGUCACAGCAAGGAAGCUUAGGCGGCGGGGGCGGCAGUCAGUCGGGGCUGCAGGCCAACAGGCAAUCGCAGCAGGGCAUGAGCAAAACCGGUUCGAAACUCAUCAAACUAAACCUGCAGCUGGACGCGGAGGUAAAGCUAAGCGAAAGCGCCAACGCGUGGCGUCCCAGCAUGAUGCUGGAUAAGGACAAGAUCGAUCAGACUGAGCGCGAAACGCAGGACCUCCUGCGGAACGUUCGUAGCAUUCUGAACAAGCUGACGCCGGAGAACUUCGACAAGCUCGUGGACCAACUGAAGAGCUUCUCGAUCAAAACGUCGGAGCAGUUUGAUGGCUGCAUCCGGCUCGUGUUCGAAAAGGCCAUCUCGGAGCCAAACUACGCGAAGGAGUACGCGCGCAUGUGCCGGGAGGUAAGCUCGAUCGCGGUGUCGGAGCAAAAGAGCAACUUUGGCAUGUGCGUGCUCGACCAGUGCCAGCGCGAGUUUAUAAAACAGCGCAACAACCAGGCCCAGGCACUGCGCGAGCGCAAGGCGCAGCUGGAGGAGAGCACAAACCUGAGCAAGGAAGAGUUCGAGGAGCUGAAGCUGCAGCUGGAGGAAGAGGAGUUGAAGGUGCGCCGGCGGGCGACCGGUACGGUGCGUUUCAUCGGCGAGCUGUACAAAGACGGCCGGCUGGAGCAGUCGGAGAUGAACUACUGCUUCGAGAAUCUGCUGCCCAAAGAGAAGGACGAGAACUGCAACGAGGAGACGCUCGAGUGUCUGUGCAAGCUGCUGACGACGGUUGGCGCUAAGAUGGAGAAACCGAAGGAAGGCAACCCGGACGGGCUGAAGCGGUGCUUCAACACGCUGAGUGAGAUCAUGCGCAAGCGCGACAAGUACAAGAUCAGCAGCCGGAUUCGGUUCAUGAUUCAGGACGUGAUCGACCUGCGCAACAACAACUGGAUCCCGCGCCAGCAAGAGCUGAACCCCAAGACGAUCUCGCAGAUUGCGCGCGAUGCCGAGAACGAGCAGAACCGCAUCAACAUGCUGAACUACCGCGGCGGCGGUAAGGACAGCGGCGUGAGAGGUGGUGGUGGAGGCGGCGGCGGCGGAGGAUACGGCGGAGGCAGCGGUGACAUGGGCCGGUUCGGUGGCUCACGGGGUGGUGCAUUCGGUGGCGGCGGCAGCUCGGGUGGUGGCGGCGGUGGGGGUUUGUUUAGUAAAAUUUCGUCUAGCAACAGUAGUGGUGGGUUAGGAUCGGGCUACAACCAGGGUAGUUUGGGCCGUGGAAGCACCGGUAACAGCUCCGGCAAGGGUGGCCACAUGCAGAAGGACGACGAUGGCUUCCAGACGAUCCAGAACACGCGCGGCAACAACCGACCGAUCAUGGUGGAUGCCAAGAAGCUGGUAUUCACGCAAACCUUCGACACGACACAGCUUGGCCGGGCGGCAAACUAUCAGGUGGACAAGUGGAAGAACAACACUUUCGCUUUGCUGGGCAACGAGGACAACACCUCGGCGUCCUCGUACUCCAACAGUGACCGAGAUCGCGAGCGUGAUCACGAGCGUGAUCGCGACCGGGAAUCGGACCGUGAUCGCAACCGUGAUCGCGAUCGUGAUCACAGCGGUAAUCACAACGCCAACAAGGACUCGUACCACAAGUCAGCGAUGGAGCGUGAUCGUUACGCGCGGUAUGGCAGUAGCAGCAGUCAAAAUGACGAUCGCUACUCGCGAUCCUCCCGGGAGUCGUCCACUUCCGGUGGCAUUCGGUCGAUAGAGCUGGUCGACAAGAGCAUGGGCAAGAUGGCGCCACCGAUGCAGGGCGGCAAGGGUUCGGGUGGACCACCGUCACAGCAGCAGCAGCCACCAUCGAGGAUGAAUCGAAUGGGAGCUGCUGGGUCUUCCUCUUCCGCUUCGUCGGGAAUGUACCAUUCGCAGGGUCAGGUUCCACUGCCGGCAUCGUCCGCUUCGGCACCGUCGAUGCCGUCCGGUGUCGGGAUUGAUUCUGGCCGGCGCAACACCGGCGGGUUCGCCAAAAUCGACGACGAGAUGCAGACCAAGCUGGAGGAGUUCGCGGAGAUGAUUGUCCAUUCGCACAACCAAGCCGGAUUGACGCAGCACCUGCAGAAGAACAGCAUCCCGCCCGAGUACUACUACGGCAUCGCGAAAACGCUGUUCGAGAAGAACAUCGAGAAGGUCGCAAAGAUCCGCAAGAAGGCGUCGGAAGUCAUCGUCGAGAUGUUGCAGCGCAAGAUGAUCACGCGCGCCGACUUCCAGUACGCGCUGAAGGAUGUGCUGAAGGGCGGCGAGGUGCUGGAUGAUCUGCUGUACGACGUGCCGAUGCUGUGGGACUACGUGGCCGAUUUCUUCGUACCAGCGUUGUACGAGCGUUUGAUCACGCUGCAGGACGUGCGGCAGUUCAUGAACGGUGCGUUCGAGCUGGACAGCAAGUACUGCUGGUUAAUGCUAGCGGGUAUCCUGAAGGGCUACGAAGCGGCCCACAGUAAGGAGGCCACCUGGGUGCAGUGGCGUGAAGCCAAACUGCUGUUCACUGACUUCUACAAACCUUCCGACGCGGAUGCGAUGGCCACCAUCGAGAAGCUCGCCAAAACUGCCGGGCUCGGUUACCUGAUCGAGUUCGAUCGCAGUCGCCCGCCACCGCUAAAGGACAUGAAGAUGGUGGCGGCUCGCCUGCGGGAGUUUAUGGAGUGCAACACGGCCAACGCGGAGAUCUUCGGGUUUAUCGACGAGUGGGUGCGUGAACAGGUGAACACACCUGAGUUCAUCCGCACGCUUACGCGAACCGUAAUCGAGCACUGCAUCGAUCAGCACAAGAAACUGGUCGAGGAGAAGUUCGAGAAUUGGUUCUCGCUGAUGCAGCGGUACUUCAACGCCAACACCAGCUAUGGCGAGGAGCAACAGAACGCGUUCAAGCCCGAGGUGGAGGCGCUGUAUGCGAUCCAGCGGCUGAUGGUGGACCUCGAGCAUCCGUCGAACCUGCUGAACGCGAUCUUUGAGAAGCUGUACGAGGAAAAUGUGAUAAUGGAAGGCUUUAUGAUGUGGAAGGACGACGAACAUCCGCGCGAUGCGAACGACGCGAACGGCAAGGGUGUCUGUGUGAAGGCGACGGAGCGGUUCUUCAUCAUGCUCUCGGAGUCGAUUAGCGAUAAUGAUCAUUCUAAUGAAAGCGACAAUGAACAGUGCGGCGGUGGCAAGGGAGAGGGAAUGAUGGAAACGCGCGGAAAGCGCAGCUCUGCUGAGUAGUAGCAACAACAACAACAACAAAAAACACACCGGAACCGGAUGCGAAACCGGAACCGGAGGUAACAACAAAAGUGUAAGCUGUAAAAGUAGUAGAUAUCUUCUUGGGGCGCCUUGUGUGUAUGUGCGUGUGUAUGUGUGGGUUGUAGUGCGAUCGCAUGCACGUGGGAAAGCAAUUGCACGUGCGCAGAUGGGAAAGUGUUGAUUGGGGAACGGUGGGGGUUAGGUGCGUGCGCGGGAGGGAAAUCUGGCUGCUGCAAAAAAUACUCUCGCCCGCCACCACCUGGCCACUGGCGUUCCCCUGCUGAUACAGACCAACCGACCGAUAUGAUGCUGCUGAUGGUGCGAAACUAAAUUGUUGAAUGCUGCUGACAACAAUUACCUACUAUUAAGGAUACACACUCUCUCCUACUCUCGCCCGGCGAUGCCCAAAUGCAGGCGCGUGCACAUACCCACAUGCACUCACACGACGAUUAACAGCAAAAAAACAACAACAACCCUCAAUUUGCAUAAACACACAAGUAAUGAUUAUAAUGGUAAAAUAUAAUUAAUAAACAUGGAUACCGUUAAGAUCAACAUUUAUUUACAUGCAUAAAUAUAUACAUACAUAAAUAUAUAUUUAUAAAUAAUUAUCGAAUAAAGUAUCUGGUG